AUGGGAGACAUUGCUACCCCCACAAACGGACAUGCCCUUGUCUUCGGUGCCUCUGGAGUUAACGGAUGGGGUUUUGUGAACGCUCUUGCCUCUGAUUAUCCCGAUCCUAAGGCAUUUGAUCAUAUCACUGCUUUUACGAAUCGUCCUCUCAAACCAGAGAUAUCGCAAUGGCCAGUCACAGAUAAGCUGCAUUUGGUGUCCGGCUUGGAUCUUAUCCAUAGCACCCAAGAGACGCUCGAGCAGCAGUUGAUUGAUCGGGUCUCUCAUCUAAAAACGGUAACUGUUGUGUAUUUCUGUGCUUAUGCCAUGGAUCCCGAACCGGAGAAGGAGACCGAGGUGAACAUUGAUAUGCUUAAUAAGACCGUGCUCGCAAUCGAGAAACUGUGCCCGAACUUCCGGUUUUUGGUCUUGCCAACAGGCAUAAAGGCGUACGGUGUGCAUCUCUUUGAGCAAUUUCCCUUCAAGGACAACGUCCCGCUCAAGGAGACUCAUCCUGAAAUUCCUGAGCCAUAUCGUUCGCAAUUAUUCUACACCUAUCAGCACAAGCUCCUUAGAGGGCUAUGCAAAGGCAAGAACUGGACUUACUGCGAUGUAAGACCCGAUGUCAUCAUUGGGUUCGUUCCGAACAAUAAUGCAUACAAUAUCGCGCAAUGGAUUGCCCUGUAUCUCAGUUUAUAUCGCAAGAUCCAUGGUGAGGGUGCGGAAGUGGUCUUUCCAGGAACCAAAAGUUGGACAAUCCAGAGUAAUGACAGCAGCCAAGACAUCAUCGCCCAGUUCGCCAUUCAUGCUAGUUUGCACCCGGAAAUAAGCGCGGGACAGAGCUUCAACAUAGCGGACGAGGCUCAGUCGACGAGCUGGUCCGUGAAAUGGCCUAUCAUGUGCCAGUAUUUCGGGCUGAAGGGUGUAGCACCCAUAAACGGACCCGGCCCGGAUCCCACAGCGUUUCUUCAUGAACAUCAGGAUGAAUGGUUGGCGAUGGAGAAGGAGUACAACCUACAGACAGGACAUCUGUUGGGUAAUAACAUAAGCAUUCCAGAUGCCCCUAGCUUCCUCAUGUCCCUAUUUGAAUUCGAUAGACCGCUGGAUCUUACCAAGGCGCAUCAGGCAUGGGGAGAUGCUAAAGAGGAAAGAGAUGUGCGGGAAGUGUGGUAUACCGCAUUCGAUCGAUUCAGGAAAGCCCGAAUCAUUCCAUAG